GUUGCUUUUCUUGUGCAUGAGUGAAUGCGAUCAUCAGAUUCUCUUGGCGAUGAAGUCUUGAAGCGGGAGCGUUGACAACUUCAAACCCCUUGAACUGCAAGAGCUGGGGAGAGCCAGGCACUUCGACGCAUCACAUCCACCCCAUGGCUGGUCCAGUCAGUAGCUUGCAGAAGCAUUUUCAACCUCAUAAACCCCAAAGACACUCGGCAGCUGUUCUAGAAUGGCUUCGCUCUCCAGUCUACCAGUGGAGCUCAUCUUGCUACCCAAGUGCACUGGAUCUGAGGCCGGGUUCCAAGUUGUUGAAUGAGUGGUGCUAUCGACUGUCCGGAGCAAGUAGACAUUAAACUGCUACCCACAGGAAUAUUUGCUAUGAUGGCAUCUUCAGUCCAGGUCUAUUAUGUCCCUAACAAUACUAUCGGUCCUAUGUUUUCUUCCAUGAGGGCGGAACGUUCCAUUUAUGCGGGGUCUGGCUGGUUUAUUGCCGCCACAGAGAAGCCUGAGAUACCUGAAGCCCAGGAUUUAUCUUUGACAUUUUCUUGCAAUGAUCAGAGUUUUGUUGAUGCUGCUGCUGUUGCGGAGAGAAUCUCUCCUGGCCAAUAUAUUGCUUACCGGAAAAUUAUCAAGCAGAGAAAAUUGGACGAACAGUUCAAAGGAAGCUGCGAGAUUCAUGAUGUGGUGAUAACUGACUAUCUAAAACUUGUGGAAGAGAAAUGGCAGAAAUUUGCAAGGGAAUCAGGUAAAGCGGAUCUCAAAUCAAGGGAAUCCCUGUGUCGGUUGGAAUUGAUGCUCUAUGAUAUUUCGGACUGCGCUGAAGAUGAAAUCAGACGGCACCCCAAGCUCUGGCAAUCAGUACUGAAAUCAGUACUCAAUCCUCAUUUACCUGCUAUUGCGGAAUGUAUUGGGAGGCUUUCACUCUAUGUCUGGCAUAACUAUCGCCCCAUAAAGCACAACACCCUCUAUGGUUGGGCGCCCUCUGAGUUACUGUGGAGGUUCGUCAAGGAUCGCUGUCAGUGGGAACUAGCGGACCUCCAAAAAGAAAUUGCACAGCUCAAGGCACCGAUCAAUUCCCGCAGUGUGGCCGAAAGACCCUCUCUCUACCAGUUCCUGCUUCAUCUAGGCUUGAUCCUCUUCAGCUAUGACUUUCACACUCUCUGCAAACUUCGGGGAAAGGAGGCAGAUAUAGCUUCCUGGAGCCAUCAUGACUGGGAAGAAAGGUGCGACCGAUUCGACCAGCUUUCAGACAAAGACUACGAUGCUCUUGUUGAUUUUCUACGCGAAUUCGCCCCGUUUGCCAACAUUGACCUGACAUCUGAGGACCUGAGAAAUCAGAUACGGGCUUUGAUAGCAGGGCUGCGGCGGGUGGCGGGUGGGGUGGCCAGCAAAACGGGAACUACUCUGAAAAUGAGCAAGAAAUUCAGCAUUGCUGCAAACAUCAUGAUACUCUGCGCCUACUUCGGGAUCUUUGCUAUUGUUCCAACCCUAGAACACGACAUCUCCCUCGAAACAUAUAUUGAAAAGUAUUUCGAGUAUCACAUUGCUGCGCCUCGCCGAUCACCUCUAUACGGUUGGAAGGCAGCCAACGAAAUGACUGUGACAAGCAAGCUGGACCAAGUCUUCCUCUUUCUGCAACCAGAGGCUUUCCCGACUGGAGUCACAGAAGUUGACCUGGCUGCUUCCUCUUGCGCGCCUCCCCCCAAUCUGUCACCUGUUCGGGCCACUCUCAAAAAGACCCAGCGAUCAAGAUAUUGGCGGCUCCGGAGGAGAGAAGCGGCAUAACCUCGCCGCAUCUGAUCAUGAUUUGUUCUACCUUGCACAAUCAGCAAUCCAACUAGCACUGUAAAUCACGCUGAGGCAAGAUGGGAUCUACCGGGCGCCUCAGGAAAGAGCAAGGGAAAGAUGGUGUUUAGGUGUGGAAUUUGAUGUGUACUACAAUACAUUUGACAACCCAACUCGAUUGCUGGCAGAAACCUUGUAUAUACUCUAGUGUAUGCAUUUCCCCAUCCUAGCUACCAACGCCUCUUUGGUAUAUCCCGCGAUAUAUAUUGGCGCGUGAAAUGCCCUCUUCACGGCUCCAAUUGCAAUCCCCUUGAGUUCACGCGUGUUAGUGUAUGAUGAAUUUCUUCUUGAAUAUGCUUACCACACUUCUUAUCUGCGUACUCCUCCUCCCUGCUCUGAGUUAGCUAUGGGUCCAAGAUUGGCAUUUAAUCUAGGACUGGCAAAAGAACUUACUUCUAGACA